AUGAUGUGGCUCUCGAGACUGGCUUACGGCCUUGGCCUGCUCUCCACGGUUACGGGAACUAUUCUCCAGAACGGUCAGGUCAGAGAGACGAAUUACCCUGAUACCAGGAUCGACCUAGCCGCUGGAUCGUACACGACCUUUGCCAAUAACGCCUGCGCCAUCAGCUACCUCGGGCGAUGGGACUCAAAGAAGGUUUCUUGGUGGGCUGCUCCCGGUAUCCGCUUUGGCUUCACCGGUCAGACGGUUGCUGUCACCUUCGGUGAACACACCAUCGACGGAACCCUUGUAGGCUACCGCCUUAGCGGCCUGGACUGGCAGUUCACAAACGUUACCGCGGGUGGAACCCACCUCUUCAUCAGCCCAGAGACCGAGGGGAUCGACCUGACCGCGCCCGUUAGCCCAAACACGUUUGAGAUGAGGGUGACGAACUGGGGCUACGGCAUCCAGAUCGAUAGUGUCCAUGUCGGCGAGGGUGACAAGAUUGUCAAGGUUGCGCCUCAGCCCCGGUUCGUCGAGUUCAUCGGCGACAGCUUGUCCUCCGGCAUGUACAACUCGUACGAGGCCCUCUCGGGUUUCGCUUACGGCGUCGGACAGGGUCUCGGAAACACGGAAUACUCCAUCACGGCGUACCCGGGCAUCUGUGUCGCCGACCAAGACUGUUGGGGAAAUACCAGGGGCCAGAGCCACCAGUGGUUCUACACCACCGACAAUAGCUGGAGGUCCAAGGAGCUCUACGGCGAUGAACCGGAGGCUUGGGACUUUGAGAAGCAGCAGAAGGCGGACCUCGUCGUCAUCAACCUUGGCACCAAUGACGCGAACGCCGCCAACAACGUCUCAAGCGCAACCUACAUCGAGCACUACAAGCGCCUCAUUCAGGGAAUACACGGCGUGUGGCCCGAUGCCCAAGUCAUAGUCAUGCAAAUGUGGCAAGGCUUCUACCAGGACGGCAACUCAUACAACCAGAACACCGACUUCCGCAACGAAGUCUACUCCGUGUACGAGUAUUUCAACUCGGAAGAGUAUCUCAACAACCCAGUCAUCUGGGAUGGUAUUACCGAGGAGGCUACCGAGACGAACGAGAAGGCGAAGCCCUUUGUGCACUUCUUCAACACGACCGGUAUCCUCCAACAUAACGACAUCGCACCGCAAUGGCACCCCACCGACGUUGGACAGAUCAAGGUUGCCAGCCACCUUAUCCAAUUCAUUACCCAAAAACUAGGCUGGCAUCUAUAUGCCACCGGACCCGAGGUCUUUGCCGAUACUCUUUACUGGAACGACCAGUCUGGCUACUAG